AUGCUUUACUUAAUCUCUAAACCAGUUCAACUACUAUUUACACCACCAAUGUCAAAUUUCUUUUUCGCUAUGGAUGGUAAUCGACGUAAAGAUUGGUUUUAUUCUAGAGAUAGUAGAAGGGGAGGUCGUUCUAAUAUGCCUAGAGAUUCUACUAGUAGUUCUGGUGGAUAUUUCUCCAAUUACGAUCCAAAUAGACGGUCUAAUUGGCCACAAGCCAGGAGAAGGCCAUUCCAACGACGCACGUAUGAAGAUAUGCCACGUUCAGACCGAGUCCCCGUCCGAGGCACACUCUCUCCCACCACUUACACCCAUCCAGAAGGUCUACCAGAAAGACCUCUUACUCCCCCCACCACUACUAACUCCACUCCCACCACUACUAACUCAGCUCAACUCAAUACCCCUACCACUCAAACCACCCCUACACAUACUAACUCCACCCCUACACAUACUAACUCCGCUACUAACUCCACUACUACUCAUACUAACACCACACAUACUCAUCCCAACUCAAUAAUACCACCCCAACCAUUACAUCCUAAUGAUAAUACCUAUACUCCUCCAAAUCAGCCCAAUUUAAUAUUAAGUCGUGCACCAGAAGAGAUGACUAAGACAAUGACUAGCGAACUAAAUAAUGAACUAAACGAUAAACCAACCAGUCCAGUCACUAGUAACUUAACUAGUAGUACUUCUGAAAUACCCGGAAUCCUUCAUACUCCAGAAGAUGACCAAGACUCUCCUUCCCUUCAACUAAGUACUUGGCCCCACCAACCUGAACCAUCUACUAGUCCAGAACUAUCCGGUAGUUUACGUAUUCCUCCUGUUUAUGCUUAUAUCCUGGCUAAAGCUAAAGUAGCUCAAGAAGAGGCCGAACGAGUCUAUCAUAUUAAUGCUGCCCUCCGCCGACCGACGGCCACUCGACUUCCUUUGGAAAUUGAGUUCUGGUCCCAGUGCCCAGAACUAGCUGCCUUAGGUACUUUAAGAGAAGAAGUACCAGAAGUCCUUAUGGCCGCUGAACAAAGAAGUCGACUUAAUGAAGCAUGGAUCCCAGAUAUUACUCCAGCCCAAGUAACUCUUUACCUCUACGAUACAACUAUUAAAGACCCACAAGCUCAUCAUUCUCAGCACAGUCAAGUCUAUACUUACCUUGGAGAAGACGAUCUCUUAAAGAAAGCCUUUGCUGAAGUGGGUAAAGACUUUGUCCGGAUUAAUCGUGAGUUCUUACCCUGGCGUAAACCAGCUGAAGUAAUUCAUCUUUAUUAUCAUAAGAAGUAUACUCUUCGUCUUAAACUUUGGAAGAAUGCUUAUCGGGAUACUCGUAAAAUAGCUGAUGUAGACUUAAAAGACCUUGUGCAACGCGAAUGGACGCAAACCGACCAGGACCUCUUUGCCGCUCUUUUCCCUACCCUCGGCAAGAAAUGGACCCUGUACAUAGAGAGUAUUAAAGGCAAAACAGAAGGAGAUAUCAGAGCUUAUUACAAGUACUAUAAGAAGUUUAUUCAAAAACCACCCACUCGACCCCCACGUCCCGAUAAGAAACGAGAUCCACCCCCUGAUGGACAUUGGCAAGUGCAUGAACGACAAAUGUUUGCCCUUCUUUUCCCGCAUAUCGGUAAAAACUGGAGUGUUCUGGCCAAUUACCUUGUUACUAAGAAUGCCACUGAAAUCCGCAGUUAUCACCGCCUCCAUUAUAAGAACCUCAGUGCGGGUGAACGAAUUCUUGAGACGCACUUAAGAGAUCUUGGGCCACCACAAGUCAGGACUGAACCUUUAGCUCUAAAUCAACGAUCCGGCCACCAACAAGCCCAUUCUACCUUUGCCGGUGUCUUAUUUAGCAGUUAUAAAUAG